GAAGUCAUAAUUUAAAGUCAUCCAUCAGUCCGAGCGAGUUCAAAGUUACAGUUAAUUUCAUAACCGUUUAUAGAAUCUGUUCCUCUCAAUCCCUCUCAUGAUAACCUCGUGUUUGAUCAGACUCAGACGGAACUAGUAGCUGUGACUAUUUUCGUAGAAAAGGAGAUACGUCUUCGGAACAAUACUGACACAAUAGCUAUUGAUGAAACAGUGAAUUACGAUUACAUAGCAGCAAAAGUAAAAAGUCCAAAGGCGAUUCAAGCGAUAUCGAAGAUCGUCGGUGGUAAUCGUGUUGUUCUUUUGAUUUCAUAUGACAUAAGUCUCAAAACCUAAGAAGCUUCCGAAAUCCUGCUGGCGAACUGAGAAGAGAUCUCUCUUGCUGAAGUACGAAAAGAGUUUGGAAGAUAAUAAGGAAGAUUUGUAAUAGAGGAAGUCAUAAUUUAAAGUCAUCCAUCAGUCCGAGCGAGUUCAAAGUUACAGUUAAUUUCAUAACCGUUUAUAGAAUCUGUUCCUCUCAAUCCCUCUCAUGAUAACCUCGUGUUUGAUCAGACUCAGACGGAACUAGUAGCUGUGACUAUUUUCGUAGAAAAGGAGAUACGUCUUCGGAACAAUACUGACACAAUAGCUAUUGAUGAAACAGUGAAUUACGAUUACAUAGCAGCAAAAGUAAAAAGUCCAAAGGCGAUUCAAGCGAUAUCGAAGAUCGUCGGUGGUAAUCGUGUUGUUCUUUUGAUUUCAUAUGACAUAAGUCUCAAAACCUAAGAAGCUUCCGAAAUCCUGCUGGCGUACUGAGAAGAGAUCUCUCUUGCUGAAGUACGAAAAGAGUUUGGAAGAUAAUAAGGAAGAUUUGUAAUAGAGGAAGUCAUAAUUUAAAGUCAUCCAUCAGUCCGAGCGAGUUCAAAGUUACAGUUAAUUUCAUAACCGUUUAUAGAAUCUGUUCCUCUCAAUCCCUCUCAUGAUAACCUCGUGUUUGAUCAGACUCAGACGGAACUAGUAGCUGUGACUAUUUUCGUAGAAAAGGAGAUACGUCUUCGGAACAAUACUGACACAAUAGCUACUGAUGAAACAGUGAAUUACGAUUACAUAGCAGCAAAAGUAAAAAGUCCAAAGGCGAUUCAAGCGAUAUCGAGGAUCGUUGGUGGUAAUCGUGUUGUUCUUUUGAUUUCGUAUGACAUAAGUCUCAAAACCUAAGAAGCUUCCGAAAUCCUGCUGGCGUACUGAGAAGAGAUCUCUCUUGCUGAAGUACGAAAAGAGUUUGGAAGAUAAUAAGGAAGAUUUGUAAUAGAGGAAGUCAUAAUUUAAAGUCAUCCAUCAGUCCGAGCGAGUUCAAAGUUACAGUUAAUUUCAUAACCGUUUAUAGAAUCUGUUCCUCUCAAUCCCUCUCAUGAUAACCUCGUGUUUGAUCAGACUCAGACGGAACUAGUAGCUGUGACUAUUUUCGUAGAAAAGGAGGUACGCCUUCGGAACAAUACUGACACAAUAGCUACUGAUGAAACAGUGAAUUACGAUUACAUAGCAGCAAAAGUAAAAAGUCCAAAGGCGAUUCAAGCGAUAUCGAAGAUCGUCGGUGGUAAUCGUGUUGUUCUUUUGAUUUCAUAUGACAUAAGUCUCAAAACCUAAGAAGCUUCCGAAAUCCUGCUGGCGUACUGAGAAGAGAUCUCUCUUGCUGAAGUACGAAAAGAGUUUGGAAGAUAAUAAGGAAGAUUUGUAAUAGAGGAAGUCAUAAUUUAAAGUCAUCCAUCAGUCCGAGCGAGUUCAAAGUUACAGUUAAUUUCAUAACCGUUUAUAGAAUCUGUUCCUCUCAAUCCCUCUCAUGAUAACCUCGUGUUUGAUCAGACUCAGACGGAACUAGUAGCUGUGACUAUUUUCGUAGAAAAGGAGAUACGUCUUCGGAACAAUACUGACACAAUAGCUAUUGAUGAAACAGUGAAUUACGAUUACAUAGCAGCAAAAGUAAAAAGUCCAAAGGCGAUUCAAGCGAUAUCGAAGAUCGUCGGUGGUAAUCGUGUUGUUCUUUUGAUUUCAUAUGACAUAAGUCUCAAAACCUAAGAAGCUUCCGAAAUCCUGCUGGCGUACUGAGAAGAGAUCUCUCUUGCUGAAGUACGAAAAGAGUUUGGAAGAUAAUAAGGAAGAUUUGUAAUAGAGGAAGUCAUAAUUUAAAGUCAUCCAUCAGUCCGAGCGAGUUCAAAGUUACAGUUAAUUUCAUAACCGUUUAUAGAAUCUGUUCCUCUCAAUCCCUCUCAUGAUAACCUCGUGUUUGAUCAAACUCAGACGGAACUAGUAGCAGUGACUAUUUUCGUAGAAAAGGAGAUACGUCUUCGGAACAAUACUGACACAAUAGCUAUUGAUGAAACAGUGAAUUACGAUUACAUAGCAGCAAAAGUAAAAAGUCCAAAGGCGAUUCAAGCGAUAUCGAAGAUCGUCGGUGGUAAUCGUGUUGUUCUUUUGCUGAAGUACGAAAAGAGUUUGACAGAUAAUAACGAAGAAUUGCAAUAGAUAAAGUCCUCAUUGACCCAGUAAAUUCCCUAAUCAUUCACAGAAUCUAUUCCUCUCAAUUUGGUUCCUGGAUGAUUCCCUCGUAUGACAUUAGUAUGAUGCAGACAGAUUGAAGUAUUACGUUUGCAGGAAGUAGCGAACACAUCUCCGUGAAAAUACUUGCAACAAUUGAAGUCAUAAUUGAAGUCAUCUCCAUCAUUCCAAAAAAAGUCCAACCCUGCAGUUAAUGUCAUAAUCAUUCAUCGAAGAUAUUCCUCUCAUUUGGGUCACUGAAGCAGAACCAGAACAAAGUAUCACCCAUUUACAAUUCCUGGGUGACAACCCGGGUGUGAUAACGUACGAGACGCUUUUACCAGACACAACGAAGAUUGAUGACAGGAGAAACCAUGAUUGAAGUCACUUCCAUCAGUCCUAACGAGUACAAAUCCUCAGUUGGCUUCGCAAUCACCUAUGGAAUCCAUCCCUCUCAAUUUGGGGAGUUCCUCAUUGGCGUCACUGGAGCUCAGUCACAACAAGCCAUCUGUCACCUUUGGUUCCUGGACGACAACCUCGAUGAAGCCCUGAAGAUCAUGCAGAGGGAGUGGCCUGGUGCUCGUCUCGUGUUGGAUCAAAGUCAGACGAAACAACUAGCUGAGACAAUUUUCGCGAAGGAUCAGGGGAAGCUUCGGGUACUGCUCAAGGGCACAGAGUUCCAGGUGAGCGUCUGGAAGGCACUCCUGGAGGUUCCUAGAGGGUCAACUGUGGUUUACAGCGAGGUGGCUGGGAUUAUUGGGAGGCCGAAGGCCAUUAGAGCGACAGCCGCUGCUGUCGCUGGUAAUCGCAUCGCUUAUGUCAUCCCCUGUCAUCGUGUUGUUUCGAAGGAUGGCAGCAGUAAAUAUCGAUGGCUGGCUAGGAGGAAAAUGGAGAUACUCGAUGAUGAAAGGAGUGAUGGGGGCCGAUGACUAUUUUUGUAUUUGCUGAAGUUGAUGGAGUGGAAUAAAGAGAAUUGUGAAUGUGAACA